AUGUCCUCCAGAGCGCCAAUUCCGUCUCUCGAAGAGAUUGUGAGAAACAAAAGGAGUCGCGAAGAACGAGAAUCCAAGCCAAAAUUUUUAUCUAAAGCUGAGCGGACGCGUUUAGCACUUGAACGUAGACAAAAGGAAGUAGAGCAAGCCAAAAAUAGACAAGCUACAGAGUUGUCAGACUUAAAGAAUGAAGUUGUACAUCAUUACGAAGAUGGUGUAAAUGGUUUUGGGUCUGAAACUAAGAAUGUGAAUUCCAAAUCUUCGACCCCUGUAAGCCAUGAGGGUAAUCAUGACUCUUCUACAGAAGAAAGCUUUGCUGCCGCUGUUCGACAAAGGUAUAUGGGGAUCCAACCUCGAACUCAAAAAAAACGAAGAAGAAAUACAGACAAAAAAUUUGUUUUUGAUUGGGAUGACACGGAUGAUACAAUGAAGGAUGCUGAUUUUGUCGCUUCUCCUGAAUCGACGAUUGCGGUUUUCGGUAGAGGGAAAUUAGGAGGAUUUGAUGAGAAAUCUAUAGAGAAUGUGAAACAAAGAUCAGGAUUAAUCCAACGUUUAUUACAAGGGUCAGAUGAAGACAAAAACCGAGCACAUGAAUUGUUGCACUUGCACGAAAGAAAGUCCCGCAAAGUUGAUUGGGACGAUGUACCCUGGAGAGAGAAACCUUUAGAGGCUAUGAAGCCACGUGACUGGAGAAUUCUAAGAGAAGACUAUAAUAUUUCUAUGAAAGGAGAUGAUGUACCUAAUCCUUUGAGGAACUGGGAAGAAGCUGACUUACCCAGUAAACUAAUGGAUGUAUUAAGGAAAAAUAAUUAUAAGGAGCCAAGUUCUAUUCAACGUGCCUCAAUUCCUGUCUUACUACAAGGAAAAGAUUUGAUUGGAAUUGCUGAAACCGGUAGUGGUAAAACGGCAGCUUUCAUGAUUCCUCUGGUACAAACCAUCUUAAAAUAUCCUCCUUUGGAUGAAACAAAUUUACAUCUUGGACCGUAUGCCAUUGUGUUAGCACCAACACGCGAGUUGGCUCAGCAGAUUCAGUCAGAAGGAAACAAAUUUGCCGAACCUCUUGGUUUUCGCUGCGUUUCUAUUGUCGGUGGCCACGCUUUUGAAGAACAAUCCUUUCAGUUGAGUCAAGGGGCUCAUAUCGUAGUUGCUACCCCUGGUCGUUUAAUUGAUUGUCUCGAGAGAAGAGUAUUUGUCUUGAGUCAAUGCUCUUACGUUGUCAUGGAUGAAGCUGAUCGAAUGUUAGACAUGGGUUUUGAAGAGGAUGUUAAUAAGAUUUUGCAAUCUCUUCCUUCGUCAAAUAGUUCUGAUAAAAAUGCUAUCAUUCCUUCCAGCGAGAGUCAACCUUCAUCGUUGCGUCGAACUCUGAUGUUCAGCGCUACUUUACCUCCAAAGGUUGCGAAUCUUGCAAAACGUUAUCUUAACAAUCCGACAAUUCUUACCAUUGGUAGUAUUGGACAAGCGGUUGAUAAGGUUGAACAAGUCGUUGAAAUGGUUCCCGAUGACUCGAAACGCUUGAAACGUCUUGAAGAAAUUCUUGAAUCCAGUAGGUUUGCUCCUCCGAUUAUCAUUUUUGUAAAUUUGAAAAGAAAUAUCGAGGCUAUAUCCAAACAGUUGAACACUUUAGGUUGGCGCGCUGUUACGCUUCAUGGAAGUAAAAAUCAAGAACAAAGAGAAAAAGCUAUUGAACAGCUACGCAAUGGAACAGCUGAUAUUUUGGUAGCUACAGACAUCGCUGGUCGUGGUAUUGAUAUACCAAAUGUGUCUUUAGUACUCAAUUACAAUAUGGCUAAAAGCAUUGAGGAUUACACCCACAGAAUUGGACGUACAGGACGUGCUGGUAAAUCUGGCGUCGCAAUUACGUUUUUAGGUUCUGAGGAUGAAGAUCUCUUUUACGACCUUAGAGUGAUGUUAUCGAAAAGUACAAAAGCACGUAUCCCUGAUGAACUAAAAAAUCACGAAGCUGCUUUUUCGAAGCACGCUCCUAUUACCCAAUAG